AUGACGAAAAUGUACGUCAUUAGUGGGAGUCCUCGUGUAUGUAUCAAAAGGUUACGAGCAAUGCAGGCUCUGGACUCUGGAAUUGAUAUUGGUGAUAUUUCUGAGAGGAAGGCCUUGAGGAAAAAGCUCCAGUGCAAGACCUUUAGGUGGUAUCUUGUCAGCGUGUAUCCAGAAAUGAGAAUGUAUUCAGAUACUGUCGCCUAUGGGGUGCUGCAGAAUUCCCUGAAAAGUGACUUGUGCCUUGAUCAAGGGCCAGACACAGAGAAUAUCCCAAUCAUGUAUAUCUGCCAUGGAAUGACACCACAGAAUGUUUAUUACACAAGCAAUCAGCAGCUCCAUGUGGGUGUUCUGAGUCCCACUAUCGACGAUGAUGACAACAGAUGCCUGGUGGAUGUGAACAGCAGGCCCAGGCUCAUUGAAUGCAAUUAUGCCAAAGCCAAGAGAAUGAAGCUUUACUGGCAGUUUACUCAGGGAGGUCCAAUCCAGAACCGAAAGUCCAAGCGUUGCCUGGAACUGCAGGAAAACAAUGAGAAUGAAUUUGGAUUUCAACUCGUCCUUCAGAAAUGCACCGGACAACGCUGGUCUAUAACAAAUGUCCUGAAAAGCUUGUCCUCAUAGCAGACUAACUUUUUUACCCAUUUCUUUUGCUACUGUGUAGCAAAUAUUGCGUUGUUGCCUGCUGUACUGUAUUCCUCUUGGCCACCCCUCGGUUCCUUCUCUCCUCUUUUUUGUCCCUUUGAUUUUAUUUUGUGAGUGUGUGGAAACUGGGUUUGUGGGCUGAAAAUAAGAUGUUUUUAUUUCACAAUGAUGUUUUCAUGGCAUUUAUAGAGACAUUGAAUGACAGGUGAUGGGUAGGCUAUCUUAAAAUAUUUUACAACUGUAAAUAGGAAACAAAUGGAGAAUAUUUAUAACUCGAACUUUUAUUGAAUAAAAAAGUCCAAACACUA